UGUUUAAGAACGUGGUAAAAAGGUGUAGUUUAUAUUUUUAAUAGCUUUAGUAGUGUUUUUGAAAUAACAAACAAAUAUGAGGCUCAGCACUUAUAACUUCUUAACAUCUAAAGCCAUAAAAGGUGUAAAAGUUGGCUUUCCACUUAAAUUAACUAUAGCUAAACAGGACGUUGUUGAAGCAGAGUUCAAUCCGACAUUUAUAGAGCGUUUACUGCCUAGACUUGACUGGUCAGGUAUUCGCUUGGCCGCUGAAGUGGCUGGGCUCAAUGAUGACAUUCCUGCCGAACUACCCGCAAAUGUCGCUGAAAAUGAAGAGUUAUUAAAAAAACUGCACCAUUUGUUGUUGGAGAUUGAUGUCCUUGAAGGGCAGCUGGAAUGCCCUGAAACGGGUCGUGUUUUUCCAAUAACCGACGGCAUACCGAAUAUGCUGCUGAAUGAGGAUGAGGUUUAAGACGUGCUCCUAUUUUUUAUCUUGUACAUAUUUAGUUAUUUUUAAUACUUAUUGCUAAAUCAAAACAUCUAUGGUUUGUUAAUAAUUUUCAUAGUGACAAAAUGAGGUAAAUUUAAUUGACACAAAUAGACUUAAUUCUAAAACCAAAAAAUAUUACUGGUUUACACUUGAUGUUUUUGACAUGGAAGCAGCCUUAAGUGAAUGUGAUGAAGUAGGUAGAAUGAUGAUUGAAACUCUCGCUACUCAUGUAGUAGCGAGUAAAAUAAUCUUCGGUUUCAACGUUACCGAAAUUGACCCAAAUUAAAAAUAAGUAAAAUGCCAUUCCCACGACAGUU